AUGGAGUCGGCCACCCGUGGCCGAUCAGCCGCCGCGGUCGACGACGUCGGCGACGGCCGCCCUUUUCCCGAUCCUCUGCCUCCGCACGGUAACGAGACUAGCUCCCCUGCCCGGUCCGACAUGGCGGCACUGGUAUUCAGGAGGGAGCAGCUACUGCAGGAGCUCCACAGGGAGCGCAUCCGCCAUGAUAUGAUCAUGUGCGAGCUUGCCGAAACAGAGCGUGUCAUGACCGCAUGCUUAGCGGGGCGGGGCGCUUGGCAUGGAAGGCUGUUGAUGACUCCAUGGGAACAGACAAUGUACCGCACAUCACGGUCAAGCGAGGAAACUUCUUGGUGGAGCAGGAGCCCCUCGGUGCCAGCGAUAGCUCCUGUUUAUCCAUGUGUUGAAAGGUCGCCGUCACCAGUGCUGCAGCCACGGCCAGUCGAUAAUGCUCAGAAGGAAGAAUGUGGCAUGCCACUGGCUGUAGCUCCUUCAGCGCCUCCUGCUGUCGAGCAAUGCCCGUCAUUGAGCAAGCAGCCUGUUGUGGAAGAAGCUUUGGUACCAGCUGCAACUAGUGUCGUUGCCAAACCGUCACAACCAGCAUUAUUGAGCAAGGAGGUGAUACUAGAGAGCCGAGGUGUUGUUGAUCAUGAACACGAAACAGAAGUGAAGGCCAGACAUGUCAUGCAGCAGAUGCAGAGCGGUAUUCAGAUAAGUGAACAAUUAAAGCGUGCAGCCGUAGAUCAGGAACACGAAGAAGAAGCAGCAAAGGACACACAUUCCGUGCAGCUGAUGGGCCGUGAAGUUCAGAGAAGUGAACAGCCAACGAAUGCAGCUCUUGGUCAGAGAUGCAGGGUAGAAGCAAAGGAUAGCCGUGGCAUGCAGCUAAUGGAGUGUGAAAUCAAGAGUGAACAGCUAAAGCGUGCAGCACUUGGUCAGGAACACGAAGUAGGCACACAUGUCAGACAUGUGGUGCAGGUGACGGAGAGCCAAUUCCGGAGAACUGAACAAGCAAAGCACGGACCCGUUGAUCAGAAACAUGAAGCAGAGGUGAAGAGCCAUGACGUACAGCUGAUGGAGAGUGAAAUCCACAAAAGCGAAGAGCCAAAGCGUGAAGCCUUUGGUCAGGAGCAUGAAGCAGAAGAGAAUGACAGACAUGUUGUGCAGCUACCAAAGAUCAGUGAACAGCCAAAUCUUGCGGAGCCCACUAUCAAAGAUCAUACCGAAAAUGAACGGAGGCAAUUGCCUCAACAUUAUGCUCUGGCUGGCAAGGCGAAAUCUCUACCUAAUGAGCAGAGGAGACCAGGGUUCAACAAGCCUAAUACCGAAAUCACGCCCAUUGGGGUGAAAGGGAGACAGGUUUUGGCACAGAAAGUGGAAGCUCCGCCACCAAAGAGGCACAAGCCAAGUGAAGAAUGGAGUUGCACCCACUGCCAAGUGAGGCUGACCUGUCAAGAGGACUUAAUGCGGCACCAAGCAGGCGACCAACACCGGUUGAACGUCGCAGCGUUGCAAUCAAGGCAGGAACCUUUGGAGGCCAAACGAGCCUCUGGAUUCGACUUGCACAACCAUUUCAAGGGCAGGAGUCACCAGGAGAACACGCAUGCCGUUGCACACAAAAGGACAGAACCAUUCCAGGGGCAUGGUCACCAGGAGAGCACACAGGCAUUGCACACAGAAGAAGGUGGCAAGGAUGGGAGCAAGCAUGCCGCUGACGGCACGGGCACUGAAGAUCGAAGGAAGAAAUUCGUGACCGAGAGAAGUUCGUGGCCCUUCUGCGAGCUCUGCAAAGUGCAAUGCAACAGUGCGAAGAUGAUGCUCUCGCAUCUCAGAGGGAAGAAACACCGGGAGAAUCUUCAGGCACGCCACUGA